AUGAGCCUGAGCGCUGAACUGUAUGUGCUCGCUCCGGCUCCAACAUUUAUGUGCGAUUGGGCCGGAACCGAUCAGUAUCUUGUUUUGAAAUCUGGUAAGUGA